UUCUUUAUAAUUCUUUUGUCUUUACUUAGUCUGAAUGAUAAGAAAAAAAUCAAUAACGUUACUAUAGUUACGAAAUUCAAAACUUUGCCCUGCAGCUAUAUAAAUGGAAUUUUUUUAAUAAUCUUAAAAAUGCAACCGAUAAAUUGUGAGAUUAACGAAGUUAUUAACAAGUUUCAGAGUGAAGAAAAAAAUUUAGAAGAGCAAUUAAAAAAAUGUAAAAUCGAAAGUGAAAAAAAUAAUCAUCUAAAUUUACAAAGAAUUCAAACUCCUAAACGAUUACUUUAUAUAAAUAAUGAAGAAGCAUGGAAUCGUAAUCAAAAGCUAUUAAAAAAAUUGGAAAUGUCGAGAGCACGUUUGCGAACACUCACAUCAUUUACUCCAACUGAUCAAGAAUUCCGUGAACGUGCAGCAUUCUAUCGUAAAUUUUUAGACAGUAAUUGUUAA